AGGUUGACUAUGUAUAAGUGUUGUAUAUUGACAGGGAACUGAUUGUCGAAGAACGAGAUGGUGGGCGAUGAACUUAAUCAGGCCAAUGGCGCGGGCCAGCGGUUGGUUACGUUCGGUCAACUGGUUGCUCUACUGGAUGGGCGCGCGGUGACGGGAUCCAACAUCCCUAAGGUUCCGAUCUUCCACUUCAAAGGGGAUAAGGUGUCAGAGUGGCUUGAGUUGCUCGAGCAAAUUACUGACAAGGUGACGGAAGAAGAAAAAUUCCGUCAAAUCUCUAAGUACGUCUGGUGGGAGAUGCGGCCGGAAGUUAUGCGGGUAGCAACCGAGGCCGCAGAAAAUUGGGGGAACUUUAAGGCAGAAAUGCAGAGGCGGUAUCAGUUGGGAGAUGACCUUCUUACGACGGAGGACUUGAAAAGGCUAGAGAGGUCUGAUUUCACGACGGUGGGUGCCUUCGCGACGGCGUUUGAGAAGAUGGCGAGGAAGGUUCCAGGGUUGGCCGAGGAAUCCCAAUGUGCCAUCUUCCUAAGCAACCUCACGGAAUGCGAGAGUGUUUCCCUGACCAGAAGAGGGGCCAUAGGGAGAAAGUUGACUUGGGAGACAGUGAAGCAAAGUUUGGCAGAUGGGGAGCUAGACCAGGUAUACGAGUUUCAGAUGAAACAACAACGGCAUAAGCGAAAGGCUCGAGUUGUUACUGAAGGAGCAGAAGGGUACCCCAGUGUGCCAACUCAAGGAGUGAACUGGCGAGGGGGAGGCCAACAGCAGCAGCUAACACCUCCGCCACAAGUCAACCAACCCAGUCAAGCAGCGGGUCAAAGACAAGGUCAGAAUCAUGGAGGUAACGGGCAGAGUAGUCAGGGCCGAGGUAAUCGAGGUCGCGAACGGGGUAACGGUAAUAGUGGACAAGGCGGUCAAGGGGGCGGACGUGGAGUCAAUUGGAAUGGGCAAGGCGGGAAUGAUAGGCCAAAGUUCGAUUGGAGAAAUGCCAUUUGCCAUCAUUGCGCACUAAAAGGGCAUACCUUCAAGUUUUGCCAAAUUCGGAAAGUAGAUGAGGGAAAUGGCCUUAUCUCGACGAACAUGGACGGAGAUGUCUAUGAUAUGUAUGGGAAAUAUAUUGACCCUAAGAUUGCAGGUGGUAUGUGCAAGGAGGCGCUUCGUCGAGCCGAACGAGGUCCACCACCACCGGCCAUGUUCCGACUCUGGAAAGAGGAAGAUGCGAGGUCAACGAUAAAAGUGGAGGAACUGGCCAAUAGUGAGUCCGAAGAGGACAUCAGGAGGGAAGAGCCAAUCGUGAUAGAAGAGGAGGAGGAAGAAGAAUCGUAUUGCCAAGAAAGGGUCAUAGAUACCAUGGAGCGAAUGGAAGACCUCGUGGAGAAGAUGCAGAGGUUGAAUUUGCAAAUGAGGUCCAUUUGCGACGAGGUGGCGAAGCCGAUGGUUUACUUACUAGGCUCAGAGACAGGACCAUCGAGUGUCAAACCGGCUUGUCAGACCUUGGGAUCAAACCCGCGAUCAGGCAUUACGUUCCGACCUCCUCGAGGGCAACCCACAUUCCCGCAAGCAGUAUGCACGAGGAUACCAUUGGAAGAUGGCCUGGAUAUUGAAGUCUUGGUUGAUAGGCUUCUGGAAGGGCAUAAUGACCUGCUUAACUUAAAGGAUAUCCUCGCCUUUGCGCCUAAGCUUAGGGAAGGGUUCAAAACGCGACUCUUUCGUCGAAGGGUGGCGAGCGUACGACUAGGAGAUCUCAUCCCUGCCGAGCAUCAUUGGGCGGUUCCUGGGACGAAAAUGGAUUGGAAAUCGGUCGGGACUGGGAGUGUGAACCUGAGUAUAAAGGGUAAGCCGUGUAGCGGAAUGCUGGAUACAGGAGCGGAGAUGAAUAUCAACAAGGAAUCUGACGCACUCCGUUUGGGGAUGGACAUCGAUCGAAUAAACUCAGGAUUCCUCUAUGGCGCAAGUGGGAAGACUCCUUUUACUGGGACGGCAUCGAAUGUGGUGAUUGAAAUCGAAAAAGUGAAGGUGAGGUCCUGCUUCUUCGUUAUGCCCGAUCUGGACCAUCCUCUCCUGCUGGGAAGGUCAUUCCUUUGCCGCACUGAAUUGAUGAUACUUAACAAGCAUGACGACACAAUGUACGUCAUCUUAAGUGAUCCAGUCUGCGGCAACUACGAGAUCAUCACCUGCCACAAUACAGGACCUCGUAGCUUGAGGAAUAGGCCGAACCCAGGUUCCUAUACCUUUGAGGAAUCUGAAGGGGAGAGGAGGAGAUUAAUGGGUGAAGACGAAGAGGAAUGUGAGCCCACUGGCGAGAUGUGUUUAAGCCUAACCAGCAUCAACGAUGCUAUGGAGAUAGUGUCGUCAUAUGGGAUGGCAGAUCCCAUUGAUGUACAGGCUUUGAGAGCGAGAAUAGUGGAAGAUUCCGGCGAGGGAGAAGUGAAGCUCGUAUAUCGAUUACCGGCAAGGACAAGGCCUACAGCUUUGGGCGGCAUUCCAAUCCAAGCUGAUGUAAAUGGCGAGGAGAGGCCUUUGAGGUUCGAGAGUCGAACCUUGAAUGACACUAAGAGAAACUACUCACAGUUCAAGCGGGAGACACUUGCAGUUCUCCACUAUCUAAGGGUGUUCCGCUACCUUUUCGGAAGGAGGUUUGUGCUGAGAGUCGAUCCGACCGCAUUGGCCGGUUCAUUGAAGAACUAUGCACCGCCAGACCCAACUAUUGCCAGAUGGCUCACGUAUGUGUGGAUGUUUGACUUUGAGUUGGAGCGCAUACCUGGGAAUAAGAAUCGGGCUGACGGGCUUAGUCGGAUCAAUUGGGAUAAGUCCGGCGAUGGAGUUAAUGAGGAUAUACCUCCGGUGGAUGCAUUCCUCGAUGAGGAGGAGGACGUGAAACUCCAUAUCAAUGCACAUGUCGUUGGGAUCAGUGGAGUCAUUAUGCAAGGACAAUCUGCUUUUCUUGCUCCUGCAAGGUACGUGAAGCGAGCGGAUAUAGUCCUCAAGGACUUCGUGGAAGAGGAUCCUUGGGGAGGGAAGGAUGUUGAGUGGAUGGCUAAGCUGGCAUUGACAGAGACCUUCCGAGUAGGAGAAGAUCCGAUGGCCAUAGAAAGUGGAGCUUACUCAGUCGACACUCAAGCAAGGUAUGCGGCAGAUAUCAGUUUCCUCGUUAACUCAAUUGUCCAAGUGCACGAGGAUGGAGAAGGGAGUCAAGACCCUGUUAGAGAUAUGGAAGAAGACGAGUUUGAGGAAGGAGAGAUAACGGAGGCUUUUCGUGCAGAUGAGUACGAAGGCGCGCGUGAGCUUUAUUAUUGGGAAGGAAUGAGCGAGAUGAUUAGCAAGUAUUGCGAGUCGUGCGUUCCAUGUCAAAUAAGGGCGUCAACUUUGUACAAGGAGCCAUUGCACCCACGGAUUGUGCGAGAUGCAGGAGCAGUGGUCCAUUUGGACCUAUUGGCAAUGCCUCAGGGAGUGGGCAGCUAUAACAUCUUCUUCGACGCACGGGACAAUCUUACGGGGUUUGUCGAUGGGCGAGUCAUUCGCAGCAAGACGGGCGAAACAUUGGUUUUAUGCAUCUCUGAGUAUUUCCUGAGAUAUCCUUUCAUAGUGGAAUUCGUGAUGGACAGAGGGUUAGAGUUCAGGUGUGGAGAAGUGCGAACCUUGUUGCAAGAAUAUGGUGUACAAGCCAGCUACACGAUCAGGGCGCAUCCGCAGGCGAAUGCUCCAGUUGAGAGAGGGCAUACCACCAUCACGAAUCUACUGGCGAAAUGGACGAACGGCAGGGAGAAUCAGUGGCCUAAGCAUCUGCGCGCAGCAUUCUUCGUCGAAAAUAUUACGAUUAAGAGAUCCACGAAGUAUGCGCCAGCAACAUUAUGGUAUGGAAGGCAUGCCACACUCCCGAUAGAGAGCUUUCUGAAGACGUGGAGGAGGCAGGAUAUGGAAAGCACUUUGUCAUUCGAGGAGUUGCUGGAUUUGCGGGCCAGGCAAGUUGGCAUUGCAGAAGAGAGGAUCCAGGAAGCCGCAGAUCGAGUAUCGGACAGUCGACUGGAGGACAAGGAGAGGUGGGAUCUCCUUCCACGAGUCAGGAAGGAGCCAUUGGAAGUCGGAGAUGUGGUGGUGCUGUAUGACUCAUCGCUAGAGAAGCAGUGGUUGCGCAAGUUGGACAAGCGGUGGUUAGGCCCAUAUCGCAUUAGACGGUGUGGGCAGCAUGGAGCUUAUGAGAUUGAAGAACUUAACGGCACGCCGUGGAGAGAUUGGGUCUCGGGCUAUGAGGAGCGUGUGGCUCAGAUCGUGAGAGAGUCAUUGGAUUGGAGGCAGUUCGCCAGGCGGAUGCUGAGAUUGCAGCCUCAGCCCAUUGAUCGACAGGGUAGGCCCAUGAGUUUUGACGGGGCUAACCUGGAUGAGUUCCUUGAGGUUUUCGUCAUUUUUGGGGAUGGGCAGAGAUGGACUGAGGCACAGAGGGUUAGGCAGGUACGACAUUGGGUUGUCCCAGAUCUUAGACAUGAGGUAAGUGCCAUGUCACACACAGUGCAGGCUUGGGCGGAGCUUAUAGCGACGCUUAGAGGGGCGUUCACCGCUGAGAGACGACGCAGGCUGCGCAGAGAGGUUGGGGAUUACAUCCCGGUGCUCAGGGUACGCCCGCGAGCGCGGCUAGAGAAGGAUGAGGAUAAUGAGGGGCGAUUGCGACAACAACAGAGAGAGAGUGAGCAGCCAGAGAUUCCACGCAGGCCUAGGACAGGCAGGCGCAGAGGACGUCAGGAUCGAGGGGAUGAUUUGGAGGAGAGGGAUCAUGUGCUGAUUAGUGAUGUUGGGAAGGUGCUCCCCACAAAUGAUUUGGGGAAGGAGACCUUACCGAUAGGAUCUCGGAGGCAUGACGAUUCAUCUACCCCUGAGAUUGGGACAGUGUCAGCGACAGAGACAUGUCCAGCUGAGAUAGGGAUUAGAGACCGUGGUGCGCCUGAGACAGAUCGGACUACUCCACCUACACCCAUACAGGAUGGGGAGGAGGCUUCCCUGCAGCUUGUGUUGACGAUUGCUUCGAUCCGGCCUACAGAGAUAGAUACCAUGGAGGGAGUGGUUCCCGAUACUGCAUCGGAGAGGCCUUAUCGAUGGAGAGACACACGGGCCAUGGCACUAGAUCUCCCACAAAGGGAGCUACCGCUUAUGAUAGGGUCUGCCACUAUAGGACCGAUGCAGGCGCACGAGGAGCCUCAACCUGAGUGGCCGCGAGAGACGACGCCGAUGCAUGAUGAGCUAGGGUAUGAUGGGCAAGGGGUCCAGUCUCGGUCAGAGCCGACAGUGGAGGAUGGUGAGAGAGGUGCGAUGGGAUCCUCAUCAUUGGACGGAUCACCGUUACUGAGCGAGAGUCGAUUGGCUGAACAGCCAACUGAGCCUGAGGGUUCAUUGACUGCCCAACUAUAUGACAUGGAGUCUCCUAGGAUGCAAAUGCGACAGGAGGUAUCCCAGCCCUCGCCCAUGGACAUGGAGACAGAGCGAGUUGAGGCCGAGGUUUUGGGGCUAGAUAAAGAGGGUCUCACCGAGGACAUGCAGACCCAGAGAGUGGAAACGUCACCACUAGACUUUGGGGAUACUCCACGACGAGAUGGUGAUCAGACUACGGCCAAUAUGAGGGGCCACAUUGAGGUCGGCGCGGAGCAUACCCAGGACGCAUCUCCGACUUAUGAGGAGGAGAGCUUGCCGAAGUCUCGGGGACUGAUAGAUCAUGAGCCUGUCAUGAGGGAUGCAUGGCUAGCCGAGGAGAUGGGACGGAUGCCAUCAUUACAUUUUCCAGGAUGGCUGGCUUUUGAGCGACUGGGCCAGGCCGCGAGACCACACUUGUCGAGGAAUUAUAUUGGUAGUGGCCUCGUAGCAGCUCGACAGGCGAUAGAGCAGGUUCGGGAUUACACGAGGAGAGUUGUCAUCCAAUCCUUUGAGUUGAGUUGCGACAGACAGAUGGAGCACGAUGCACUGAGAGAGGUGGUGAGUGGUCUCCGUACAUUUGUUGAGGGGAAGGAGGUCCAGACUCUAGAGGAGGCCGAGGCGGUCCUCAAGAUUCAGGAGAGAGAGGCGAGUGAUUGGCGAGCUCAGGUUCAGAGGGUGCUCAGGAAGUAUGAGCCAGCUGCUGACGCGACAGAUAGAGAUAGGCUCGAGCGUAGGGUUGUCCUUGAGACCGUGCGAUCAUCUCAGUUGGAGAGUCAGAUGUCGACCCUUAUCAGGUUACGGCGAGAGACUGAGGAGCAGACACAGAUACUCUUCUAUGAGGAUGCAGCCACAGCCGGAUGGCAGGAGGAGGUUAGGAUGAGGAGAUGGACUGGAGAGGAGCCCAUGCCCGAGGGCGAGCGUACGCAGGCAGAGGUGGGGCUCCAGGCGAGGUUGCUAUCUGAAGCCUCAGUGCGAAAGUUGGCAGGAGUGAUGGAGCAUGUCAGGAGACUCACGCAAAUCGAGGUUGCACGAGGAGAGAUGCUCCAUGAUGCAGUACGGAGGAUAGGUGUUCUGGAGCAAGAGAACAUGGGACUGAGAGACAUGGUACAUAACCUUGUCACUAACGCAGAGCAGGCGAGACAGUCUACCUCGAGACUCGAGCAGAGGAUUACUGACGUAGAGGAGGGUCAUAGGCGACGAGAGGAGGACUGAGAGGCAGCAGACUUCUAUCGGACAGGCACACGUCUCUCAUGAGACUCAUGGACGGAGGAGCCACUCGGGACUAUAGGGAUAACAUGUGAGGAGACUGCAGUCGUCGACAAGCUCAUGCUUGAGCCAGACGAGAUCGAGAGGAGGAGAGAGGCAGAGGCACGAGGUUUGGACUGGGUUCCUCCCUAAGAGUUGGCAAUUCAGAGGGAUGCAUGGCAAGGAUUGGGGGGCAGACAUGACGAGCGAGAGAGAGUUUCAGAGCUACGAGAUGUC